CGACAUGCUGUUUCGAUGAUCUCAUUUGUUUGGUUCAUAUCGUUUGCGAGUAAUUGCGGUUCGUUGAUUAUCUUCGAUGCUAUGCCCUAUAAGACCGCAUGGAACUGCAGACCGACCAUCUCGGCACUUGUCGAUUUCAUUUAUCAAAUUUAUGUGACUCUGAUUCUGUUAAUAAUUCCGUUGGCUAUAAUGACCGUUUUGUAUGGUAAUGUGAUAUUCACACUAAAAACCGGUAUUCGUUUCGAUAUGAAUCUAGCAGUGUCCAUGCACAGCUUAGAUUGUGGCAACAAUAUCUAUGGACCACAGCUUUCAAAAGUAAAUGGGCGUAAUUCACCAAGCGGUUGGAUAUACGAUGCGAUUAUGUCACCUGCAUGGAUCACCAAGUCAUUCACGGAUAUUAACGCGAAUGGACUGUCAUCGCUGAAAGUACCAAGUCAGUCACUCUCGAACUCUCGCGCCUCAUCUUUUUCGGUGCCCGCAAACGCCACCACCUUUCAACCGAACCGUCUCAUGAGCGCUUUCAGCACAUCAUCUGUAUCAUUUUUGUGUAAUACUCGAAAAGCUGGCGACUUUGAUAGCGCUUACCUAUUGAGAAGUACACAUCAGCAGAAAAUAUUGCUGGCCAAGAAACGUGUGACACGAAUGCUGAUAAUACUUGUGAUUGCGUAUGUGCUGUGUUGGACGCCGAGUUUCGUUUGGUGGUUACUCAUUAAAACGGUCGAUUUAGUUGAUGUAAGUGAUAAAUUCACGAAGCAUUUCGCUCUGUUCAGUGCGAUAUUCCUCAGAAAUCAACCACAUAUCGUAUUGGUUCAAAGAAACGAACGUUUAAUUCAUAAUCGUGCACAGUUUUCCAUACCCGAUCCAAUACUUCAUAGUCUCUUCUCAUCGUGUGAAUUCAAAUAUGGUCAUUUGAUAGCACAAGAAGCGAACACAGUAUGGAAUCAUUCGUUGAAUACAGUGAUAACUGUACUCACCUACAUCAGCACAUGUACAAAUCCGAUCACGUAUUGCUUCAUGAAUGCAAGCUUUCGUAAAAAUGUCUUCUCGCAUUGUUUUUGCUGUCCCAAAUUGACUACCUAUCCACAAAGGAGAUCUGCUGAUCAGAAUCCAGAUGCAAAUGAUGACAAUAUUAAGAUGAUCUCACGAGAGCAACAAGAUUCCAGUGGGAUCCGAAUAGAACCAUGCGGGACCAAUAAUGCAGGUGGCUAUGGUGGUCCUAAAACAGUGCCAGAAAUUGAGGUACGAUAUUUCGGAAGCGAAACGGAUCGGUUAGAAGGAAACAUGAAACCAUCGCCGUGUAAUGAUCCGCAUCAAGAAUCGCUGGACAUGACAACAGAACUGCAGAAUUAA